AUGACCGCUUCCCCAGAGCACAAGCUCGUCCCGGAGGACCUCAAGCUGCGUCUCAAGGAUUCAUACGACAUCAUUGCCCCGGCCUACAAUGACUGGACCAUCCAGCAGUCGGGCUUCCGCAUUGAAUACCUUGAGAAGCUGCUGGAGAAGCUCCUCACCUCGAAGCCUCUAUCCGGCCAGACGUCGCUCGUCCUCGAGCUGGGAUGUGGCUGCGGCCUCCCCGUCACCGAGAGACUGCUGACGACCCCGGAUGUCUUCGUCACCGCCAACGACCUGUCAACCACCCAGAUCAAGCUGGCCAAGGAGAGCCUCGCCAAGCACGGCACCGACCGCGUUACCUUCGUCGAGGGUGACAUGAUGGGUCUUGAAUUCUCCGAGGGCUCCUUCGACGCCGUCGUCGGCAUGUACAGUAUCAUCCACCUGCCCCGCGACGAGCAGACUGAGAUGAUUCGCCGCAUCACAAAGUGGCUGAAGCCCGGCGGUCUGAUGCUCGUCAACUUUUCCGCCGAGGAAAUGCCCGAGGCUAUCAUGAACAAGUGGCUCCAUGACAAGGGCUGGAUGUACUGGAGCGGCUGGGGCACCGAGGGUACCCUGGCCCGCAUCAAGGAGGCAGGGCUGGAAAUCAUCUUGCAAGACGAGAUCAACGAUCUUGUGGACGCCAAGUUCCUAUGGGUCCUGGCCAAGAAAUAG